GGUCGAUAACUGUCUUGUUGAUUUUGUUGUAUUCAUGAAAAUAUAAAACAAAAAGAAAAUGAUAAAAUAUGAGGUUCUCUUUGUCUUACUUCUUCUUCUUUCUCUCUCUGAAUCAAAGAAUCAUAGUCUUCCCUCGUCUUAAUUUCCUCUGUUCAGAGGUAUGACGAGCAUUGCAACAACCCAUUCCAGUAUAUGGUCUGGGGCUCAACAAUGUUUUACCGGAAGAUUCAGUGAAGGCAGAAGACAGGGAUAUACGGGAUCAUCACUUCAUUAUAAAUCAAACUUUUCUCCAAGCCGUGACCUUAUCUACAUCAAUAAAGAUGGAAAACAUCAUGUUGUUUGUUCCAGCUCAUUGAAUAGAAGCGAUCCAAUCGAGCCAGAGGAUGAAAACUCAGAGAAGAAAUCAUCAAAGCCUGAAAACCAACCGGCAAGCAGUGACAGUUUUAGGGACAAUCUGGAAAAAACUAUUGGAGUGGAUGACUCCAAGUUCAAUGGAGCAGAUCUUGCAGCUCUUAUAAGAAACAAAUAUGGAAGGUCCUAUGAUGUACAACUUAUAAAGAAGGAGUUCAUGGGGAGAAACCUUCUUGCUAUGAAUGUUAUGUGGAAGUAUAGGGAGCAGAGAUCAUUUCCAUUAAGUGAAGAGGAAUACAUAUUGAGGCUUGAUGAUGUAGCAACCAAUUUGAAAUGUUGGGGAGCUGUCUCACAUAUCCGAAACAGCCUCGCUAAGUUGAAGGAACGACCACGGAUUGGAAAGGCUGUAAGCAUAUUCAUAGACAUGGACGAGUCCGGAGCUCGUUCGAAUGAAUGGAUCUACAAAUGAGAUUUGUAACUGUGAAAAUGGUGAUCUUGGAUGAGAUCAGUCAUUGGCGUGACCCUUUUUUGUGGAAAGAAUUAGCCCUCAGAGAAGAUGAGGCAAAGAUGAUGGUGAAGUUAUAUUUAUUUGCACCUUGUUUGGCUGCAAAAUCUCUGAUCUAUUAGUUUUCUUUAUAGCAUAUAAAAUGUAUAUAGGAUUUAGAAUUUAAGCAACACCAUAUAUUCAAAAAGUUGUUGGAUUACAGCAUUCCAUGACCAUCAUUUGUGGCCAUUUAAAAUUUCA